UGGCCUCGGGCCCGUCAUUUUCUACAGGCCCGUGACAGACACGCCUUGACAUUAGGAUGCUAGCUACCCCCUCUCCUCCUCCUCCUCCUCCUCCCAUCUUCUCCACCAAACCCCAAGAUCAAGAGAGCUAGUACGUAUGUAUAUAUAUUGUAGGAAUCGAUCAGUGAUCAAGAUCUAUGGGGGUGCAGACUUGUGCCAUGGAAGGUGAGGCGGUUGGCUCACCUUUCUUCUAGUGGUUGAAGCCGCGGUGUUCUUCCUUGUUGUCGCCGUCGCCAUCGUCGUCUUUUUAUCGCCAUCAACCUCAAUGGCGUCCAGGCAACACGAAGUAGUGCUUGGGGAAGAGGGAGAAGUUGGUGGAGGUGGAGGAGGGCAGGAAGUGUGCAGUAUGACGUGCCUGCCGCUGCUUAGCAGGCUCGAGGAGGGGAAGAAUCCCGAUGAUGACGAGCAGUACUACCAUGUCAAAGAAGAGAUCAUGAGCAAUAUAGCGCAGUCUGGCGUGGAUUUGAAUAUUGGCUUGCCGGUUGGUGGAUCCUGCAAUGAGGAUGCCACCAUGGAGGAGAAGUAUGAGGAGGACAACGAAGCGGAGGAGGAUGAGGAAGAGAGGGGGGAGUGGAAGCAUAUGCAUGGUGGCUGCAAGGUCGAGGGGGAGGAGCAGGAGCAUCGCGAGGUUGUGGCGUCGGUGGAAGGAUCAAGCAAUAUCAUCGAGGGGGAAUUUGUCGGGGUUGGGGCGGACAGCGGCGUGCCGAUGGGCUGCCGUUACUGGAUCCCGACGGCGGCGCAGAUCCUCAUCGGCCCAGUGCAGUUUAUCUGCCAUGUCUGUAACAAGACCUUCAACAGAUACAACAACAUGCAGAUGCAUAUGUGGGGGCACGGUCGCGAGUACCGGAAGGGCCCGGAGUCGCUCAAGGGGACGCAGACACUGGCGAUGCUGAAGCUGCCGUGCUACUGCUGCGCGGCGGGGUGCAAGAACAACAUCGCGCACCCGCGCGCCCGGCCGCUCAAGGACUUCCGCACCCUGCAGACGCACUACAAGCGCAAGCACGGCGCCAAGCCCUUCCACUGCCGCCGCUGCGCCAAGCCCUUCGCCGUCAAGGGCGACUGGCGCACGCACGAGAAGAACUGCGGCAAGCGCUGGUUCUGCGCCUGCGGCUCCGACUUCAAGCACAAGCGCUCGCUCAACGACCACGUCCGCUCCUUCGGCGCCGAGCACUGCCCCGUCGACGAGGCUCCCGCCGCCACCAAGGACCGCAUCAUACGCUUCCAACGGUGAGAUAGCGUCACCUGCAGGCUUGUAUGUACGACUAUACGUACGUACAUGCGUACCAUGAAACCGACCGAUGCGACGACGGUCGAGGCUGAUUAAAGUCUAGUACGUAGAUAUCUCGUUGGAUAUAUCAGUACCAAGAAUGCUGAUAUAUCCAUGCCUGGGAUCGAUUUAAGAUGAAACCAGCAGAGUAAUAGUGCAACGUGGGGCGUAAGUACCAUCUAUCUUGGCUUUUCAUCAAUUCGUGAGUUCUCUUACCUAUCUAAUGUUUUUUUCAUCUAACGCUCUAAGUAUGAAUCUCAACAUAAAUAUACAGCCGAGAUAGAAGGUGUAUACGCAUCACGUUAUGUAAUUUUCUCUAGGUUGUGUAAUUUUCCCUGCACAAUAAGAUGGCUAGCGCCAAGUUAAGCUGUGAAGAAGCAGAAUUUUCUCCUGCCGGAAACAUGAGCUGCAUGCAGUGUAUGUUAAGGCGCAGUCUACCUAGCUCUGUAAUGGAGAAAAUUUUCCAGCUUCACAGGCUAAUUAAUUAUAUAUUGGCAGCUCGGAUUCUAAAUGCAUUUUUAUGAGACAAGCAGUAUUGAGGGCUGAUUAAUUGUCAAUUGGAAUAUAUUGAACGAUCCGAUACUGUGUUAUCUAUGAAAA